UUUUCAAUGCAAGCCCAACCGAGUUUGAUUCUCUAUUGAGGCCCGGCCUUCACGUCAGAUUCAGUUUCAAAGAUUCCGGCGAAGUUAGAUAUUGCGGAGCAAAAAUCGUCAGCCUGACCAUUCCCGCGCCGAUGACGCUGCCGGAGAGCGUAUCGCUGCAUUCUUUUGAACUAAUUUCUUCGACUUAUGCUUCUGUUUCUUCCUCCUUCUCCUUCUUAAAUUCUUCCGGACCUUUUAUGAAUUGUACAAGCGUGAUGACUCGGAAGAUGAAAUUUAGAAAUGGAGGUGCUCUGAGGUUGUGCUGCUCGGAUUCAAAUCAUUCUGCUCCUUUGACUUCCACGACUGCGACAAGCACGGGCGGCCCUGCUCCUCCGGUUCUGAAGAGGAGGAAGAGGUACAGGAGAGAGUAUCCUGGAGAGAGCAAAGGCAUUACCGAGGAGUUGAGGUUCAUCGCCAUGAGGCUUCGUAAUGUUAAUGGUAAAAAAUUGUCUGGUGAUGCUGUGAAUUCAUCCAGCGAAGAUGAAGUAGAGGAGAAAGAUGACGGAAAUUUGGCGUUGAGUGACGAUGAUAAUGAUGAGAACGGGGACGGUGCACAGACUUGGCACCCCAGCUUGGAAGGUUUCCUUAAAUAUUUAGUUGAUAGUAAGCUCGUCUUCAGCACUGUGGAGCAAAUCGUUGAUGAAUCCAGCGACGUUGCUUAUAGUUACUUCAGAAAAUCAGGGUUGGAACGUUCAGAAUGUCUUGCAAAAGAUCUAGAAUGGUUCAGCGAACAGGGUAUUGUGUUACCUGAGCCGAGCAUUCCAGGAGUUUCUUAUGCCAAGUAUCUGGAGGAACUUGCUGAAAGAAGUGCCCCUUUAUUCCUUUGCCAUUACUAUAAUAUAUACUUUUCACAUAUAGCAGGUGGGCAAGUGAUAGCAAAACAGGUUUCUGAGAGACUCCUUGAAGGAAGAAAGCUUGAAUUUUAUACAUGGGCAGGGGAUGCAGAAGAAUUGCUGAAAAAUGUUCGUGAGAAGCUUAACAUGCUUGGAGAGCACUGGUCUCGGGACGAGAAAAAUAAAUGCUUGAGAGAAGCAACCAAGUCAUUCCGCUUUUUGGGACAAAUAGUUCGUUUGAUCAUCCUAUGACUGACUAUUGUAAACGCUACAACUGUGAAGGUGUUACUGGUAAUGGAGCCUUUUUCUCCAGGGGUAGGAGUUGACAAAGCUCAGAAAAUGGCACUCUCUUUCAAUCAAUCAAAGUUGCAAUAAAUCUACAGAGUUGCCCCCAUUCAAAGGCUUUGAUACUCUGAUUGGUAAUGAAAAACAUAUCAGUGAUUUUGGACAGUGGUGGCUGAAGGUAUGGAGCCACUGACCUUCCCCAACUUGAGGAGCUAACCCCAUUAUUUUCAACAUUCCAUCAAAUGCCAUCAGGUACACAUUCUAAAGUACUUUAGAGAACCAUUGGAUUCAUUUGACUUAGCUUUGGUGGGGUUUAAAGCUUUCUACACCUUCCUUUUUCUCAUAUUUAUAUACAUUUUUUAUAUAUAUAUAUUUCAAAAUCAUUAUCAGUAAUGCCCACUUGGUCAAUUAUCACUUUCACUUUGCCUAGUGACUCAACAUCGUUCAAGACGGUGACACACAGCACAAAAUCAAUUUGGCACUUUCAUUCUUGAUA